AUGCGAACGAUACUUGUUGCUGGAACAGGCUUCGCCGGCAUGUGGAGCGCCCUGUCGGCGAUGCGACUCAUCGAACAGAAUGGGGGAAUUGAGGCGGCUGGGAUCAAAGUGAUUGUCGUAUCUCUCGAUCCUACUUUGGUUAUCCGUCCACGGUUGUAUGAAUCGGAUGCUGACAAAAUGUGUGCCUCGCUCGAGGAACUAUUCCGCGUGACGGGUAUUCAUUUUGUUCCAGGAUUGGUCGACACGAUUGAUACAGCACAGAAACGAGCGGCAAUCGUCGACCUGGCAGGCAUUCGUUCCACCCUUCAAUAUGACAGGCUCGUCCUGGCUGCAGGAAGCCACUUGAAACGCCCCGACAUCCCCGGCAUUCACGAGCAUGCAUUUAGCAUCGACCAGCGCAACGAAGCUGCCAGCCUCGACAAGCAUUUGCAUCAUCUCACGUCCAAACCUCCUUAUCCUGCGCGGAACACGGUUGUUAUUGUCGGCGGUGGUUUUACUGGAAUUGAGAUCGCCGCAGAGAUGCCGUCGCGACUCCGCUCCAUUCUUCGAUCGGAGGACGUGCGAGUUGUCAUCAUUGAACAAGCGGAUUCCAUCGGACCGGAACUGGGGCCUGGUCCGAGGCCAGUCAUCAUCGAGGCGUUGGCGGACCUGGGCGUGGAGUAUAAUCUGGGCGUGGCGGUAGUAUCGGUGGACAAGACCGGGGUGGUGACCAGCCGUGGCGACCGAAUCGACUCGCUGUCUGUCAUUUGGACUGGGGGUAUGGAAGCGAGUGCUCUGACACGACAGAUUCCGGGGCAGAGAGACCAUAGCGGACGCUUGCACGUCGAUUCUCAUCUGCGCAUUCCCUCUCUUCGGGACAUCUUUGUGGCGGGCGAUGCAGCCCUGGCUAUUACCGAUGAUCAGGGCCAUCAUGCGUUGAUGUCUUGCCAGCAUGCCAUGCGUCUUGGUCGCUUUGCUGGGCAUAAUGCAGCAGCAGACCUGCUUGCACUUUCUCCAAAACCAUAUACCCAACCCUCGUAUGGGACGUGCUUGGAUUUAGGCCCUUGGGGCGCGGUGGUCACUGAGGGAUGGGACCGUCAAAUACGAUUGACUGGCUCGGCGGCAAAGGCGAUCAAAAAGAAUAUCAAUCAGGCUGUGAUAUAUCCUCCAAAAGCAGAUCGUGUCGAAGCAUUUACUGCCGCGGACCCAGACUGUGCAGGUCCUACGCUUGCAUGA